ACAAAAAAAAAAGAGCGAGCGUUCGUUGCUCCGGAAAUGAUGGGCAAAAGUGGGUAAGUGAGUGGGAAAUAGAGGUCUGUGAAUACCAAACGCUUCCCUUUUUCUUCACUUUCUUCCCUCUAAUUACUCUCUUGUCUCUCUCCCUUUCCUCUUUCGUCUCCUACGUGUUUAAACCUUGCAAAAAAUCAAGUCUUUUUUGGUGUUUAAAUCACCCAUUUUUGUCAAUCUGUUUUUCGAGCAAAACACCAGGAGGAAACCAAAAAGCUAGAGGCUUUGUGGAGUGAGAAGAAGAGUCUCAGUGAAAACAGAAAGCAGCAUUUGAGAUUCCACUGUUAAUCUUUGAAUUAAAAAUGAGUGCAGCAGCUACAAUGCCUAUGCCCCGAGAAGCGUCUAAUUACGAUGAGAUCUCUAUGCAACAGAGCAUGCUCUUCUCUGAUAGUCUCAAGGAUCUGAAGAAUCUGAGAACACAGUUGUAUUCAGCAGCUGAGUAUUUCGAACUAUCCUACACAAACGAUGAACAAAAACAGAUAGUCGUGGAGACACUGAAAGAUUAUGCAAUAAAGGCUCUGGUGAAUACAGUUGACCAUUUGGGGUCUGUUACAUAUAAAGUAAAUGACUUUGUAGAUGAAAAAGUCGAUGAAGUAGCAGGAACCGAACUGCGAGUAUCUUGCAUUGAACAGAGGCUACGGAUGUGCCAAGAGUACAUGGAUCAUGAAGGUCGUUCCCAGCAAUCACUUGUGAUCGACACUCCAAAGUUCCACAAGCGGUACUUCUUGCCUUCUGGUGAAAUCAAAAGAGGUGGCAACCUCGCAAAGCUUAAGAAUGUUGAAGGUAGUUUUGAUGGAGAAGAUGACUGGAACCAAUUCAGAAAUGCUGUUCGCGCUACAAUUCGUGAAACGCCUCCACCACCUGUUAGAAAACCGAUACUUCAGUCUCCCUCUCAACGGAAACCUCAACGUUCAGCAACCUUUUCGUUCUCCUCUAUCGCCACCGCACCAAAGAAAGAACAAGAUAAGCGAGCAGUAUCACCACAUCGGUUUCCGCUGCUAAGAUCUGGUUCGGUUGCUAUCCGACCGUCAUCAAUCAGCCGGCCAACAACCCCGAGCAAGAGUAGAGCGGUAACUCCAACUCCUAAACGGUAUCCGUCAGAACCAAGAAGAUCGGCUUCGGUUCGGGUUGCGUUCGAGAAAGAAGCUCAGAAAGAACCAGAGCAUCAACAACAACCGAGCAAGAGCAAACGGCUGCUAAAGGCGCUACUUAGCCGACGCAAAACAAAGAAGGACGAUACGCUCUACACUUAUUUGGACGAAUAUUAAACCGAAAGCUGGUUUUGUAUGUUGACUGGUAAACCGGAAAUUACAUUCCAGUUUUAAUUGCAUUUACGUAAUGUCAAAUUGUCAAUAUAUGUGUUACAAAAUAUGUCCAUGAUUCUAUGAUUUUGUGUAUACCUUAUGACUGUCAGAGUGUGAAUGCAGUUUUGUUUACAAGCGUAGUAAAACUUGCUGUGAAUUAUUUUACUGCCGAUUUUAACCAAAUUAACAGCAAGUUUAUAUAUACAAUUUCGUUCUCGAAAUAUUAUU